CAACUCAAUCGGGUCUGGCUCUGAAACUUGUCCACAUCUCACCACACACGACACACAGUCUCCUCUCUGGCGCUCUCUCCCUCUCAAUGUUAGGGCACGCAUAAGAAACAGUGCCACCGUUCAGACACCCACCGUCCACCGUCACUGGCCUCACGGUGUUCUUCCUCGGAACCCGCGCUACUCUGCUUUUGCUCGACUGCUUCUCGGAACUGGCUACUCUGUUUCUGCGCUGUACAGCUUCUCCGCGCCGCACUCGCCGGCGAACCUCUGUCACGGCGCCACCAACAGCGGCCGCGGAGUGUGAAGGUUACUGCUUUGCUCUUGCUCCUCUUCUUCUCCUGCUUCUCUUCUUCUCGAUGCUGCUCAUCUUCUUCUCGGAGCUGGUGCUCUUCUCAUGAGGAAGGUCAGAAUCCCCUGCUCAGCCGCUCCUCUUCUUCUCGGCACUGGUUCUGUUAAACUCAUAGAAUGGCGUUUGAAUACCAUUCGAACCCUUUGGCAAUCUUCAUCAGCAGCAACUACUUUUUCCGAUUCACAUCGUGACAGAUUGGACGAUUUGUGUGUCAUUGAUGACAGGGACCUUCUUCUUCCAAGUCGGAAUUCCGAAACUGGUCUCCAUGUUCUGGAUCUUAUUGGCAGCGGCUCGCUUGAGCCGAACCGAUCCAUGUACAAUGCAAUGCUAAAGAGAUGCACCCAGUUCGGGAAGCUUAGAGAAGGAAGAUUGGUGCAUUCACACAUCCUUAAUUCUAAGCUCAGGGAUGACCUUGUUAUUCGAAAUUCUGUUCUUUUCAUGUAUGCAAGGUGUGGCAGUUUGGAAGAGGCUCGCCGAGUGUUCGACGAAAUGCCGUCCAAAGACAUGGUUACUUGGACGUCCAUGAUUACCGGGUAUUCCCAGAAUGAAUGCGCCCAACAUGCACUUGCUUUGUUUCCUCAGAUGCUACAAUUUGGGUCCAGACCAAAUGAAUUCACGUUAUCCAGCUUGGUGAAAUCUUGUGGAUUUAUAUCCAGCUAUAAGGAUGGGCAGCAAAUUCAUGCAUGUUGUCUGAAGUAUGGAUUCCACUCAAAUGUUUUUGUGGGCAGUUCGAUUGUAGACAUGUAUGCUAGGUGUGGAUACUUGAGCGAAGCACGAUUGUCAUUUGACAAGCUGGAAAAUAAGAAUGAGGUUUCAUGGAAUGCUUUGAUAACUGGAUAUGCUAGGAAGGGUGAAUUAGAGGAUGCGUUGGCUCUGUUUAUUAGGAUGCAGAGGGAAGGUUAUAAACCAACAGAAUUUACAUAUUCAUCCCUUAUAUGUGCUUCCUCGAGUAUAGGAUCUUUGGAGCAAGGUAAAUGGCUUCAUGCACUUACAAUAAAAUGGGGCAAAAAAUUAACUGGUUACGUGGGCAACACUCUUCUUCACAUGUAUGCAAAGUCAGGUAGCAUUCAGGAUGCAAGAAAGGUUUUCAAUCGAUUGCUCAAGAUUGAUGUGGUUUCUUUCAAUUCGAUGCUUAUAGGGUAUGCCCAGCACGGGUUUGGAAAAGAAGCUGUGCAACAGUUCGAAGAAAUGUUGAGGAUUGGGAUUGAACCCAAUGACAUCACAUUCCUAAGUGUUCUUACUGCUUGUAGCCGUGCUGGGCUUUUGGAUGAGGGUAAAAAUUAUUUUGGAUUAAUGAAAAAGUACAAUGUUGAACCGAAAAUCUCACAUUAUGUGACAAUUGUUGAUCUUUUUGGUCGAGCUGGCCUUCUUUAUCAAGCUAAAAGUUUCAUUGAAGAAAUGCCAAUUGAACCCACUGCAGCUAUAUGGGGAGCUCUGCUUGGUGCUUCUAGGAUGUAUAAGAACAUGGAGAUAGGUGUUUAUGCUGCUGAACAAAUAUUUGAGAUUGAACCUUCUUAUUCAGGGACACAUAUAUUGCUUGCCAAUAUGUAUGCCUCUGCGGGUAGGUGGAAGGAUGUUGCAAAAGUUAGAAAGGUAAUGAAAGACAGUGGCUUGAAGAAGGAGCCUGCAUGUAGUUGGGUUGAGAUUCAGAAUUCUGUCCAUGUAUUUGUUGCAAAUGACUUUGCAAAUCCACAAAAUGAGAAGGUCCUUAAAAUGUGGGAGAAGCUAAAUCAUGAAAUUAAGGCAAUUGGCUAUUUUCCAGACACUAGUCAUGUGCUUCUGUGUGUAGAUCAACAAGAGAAGGAAGUAAGUAUACAAUAUCACAGUGAGAAGUUGGCUCUCGCAUUUGCACUUCUAAAUACUUCUCCUGGAUCCACCAUACGUAUCAUGAAGAAUAUCAGGGUUUGUGGUGAUUGCCACUCAGCAAUAAAAUAUGUGUCAUCAUUGGUGAAGAGGGAAAUCAUAGUGAGAGACACUAAUCGCUUCCACCACUUUCGUGAUGGCUCCUGUUCAUGUGGAGACUACUGGUAGUACCAAUUAUUAUCAACAAAUCAGGUAGAGUUUUGGAGGGUUACUGGUUGCUGUUCUCUAGUAUCUCUGAAUAUUGUCACUCAACUACUCUGCUUGUGGUUUAGUUGAUUUUGUAACAUUUUUUUUUAAUUAUACAAUCUGGUUAUAGUAAAUAUAAGUGAUGAUCAUGAGUAAGAUACUUUCAAACUUGGUUAAAACAAAACUUUGUGGGCUUGUGAGAUACACCUAGCUAUUUAUUUGAGGCUGAAUACGAUAUUGUAAAGUGAAUUCAUUUUAAUAUUUAUCAGUGAUGGAAGUGGAGAAUGGAAUUAGAGCGGUUGAGUAUUUGGCUUAGACUGUGAUAAGAGCUCCCCUGGCUUAAAGUUCUGCGUUUAGAUUUCUUAACACAAUUCUCUUUUGAAAUGCUAGUCAGUUGGAAUUGUAGGUUGGAUCCUUUGCAUAGUUUGAUUGGUUAUGGUGGCAGAGUGGGAAGGUUAAUCUGAUGAUGACAGAUGAUACCAUGCCAGGGAUGACAUGAAAUGAACUGUUCAAGAUGAUCGAGCUGGAUAAGGAUGCACUUUGGCUCCCUUUGUGUUAAUUUCACCAGCAAGGAUUCUAGGGGCGAUCAUGUUAAUCAGGAAGGGGGAAAAAAAAGUCUUUACCUGAACUGAUAGUGGUUUUAUUAGCAGGUUCUUGGAAGGAGGGAGCAGAGGCGUUUCUGACACUUCCAAUUGAAGCCAGUGCAGGUGUAAAGUGUAAGAUGCAUAAGGGCGUGUUUGCGAGUUUGAGAUCUGAGUGGGAGGGGAAGGGAAUGGAUUGAUGAGUAAAGUGAAGUAUCUUUUACUUCUCAGAUCAAACCUUCCAUUUUCCUUCUGUUCCCUCCAAGACCUCAACUCCAGCACGCCCAAAUAGUUUCAUCACGAGAGAUGAAAAUGAUGGAAGAUGAUGGAAAAUCUUGGGAUCAGAUAUGUGUUAGUCCACCCUUUCAACUGUCAUCAUCAGGAUUUUCACCAUCACCUUGUCCUCCAAGAAGUCUACAUUGUGAUUGAGACAGAGUAGUGUCCUAAUUGUGCUCUUUCUUUUGCCACACCGGUGUUCAUGUCAAAUUAUAUGGUAUAUAUUCCGUAUCAAAAAUGCUGUGUACACAAAAUUAGUCACUAUGUUGUGUAUAAAUGCAUAUGUUUCGCACAUUUUCAGUGUGUAUUUUGCAUUAUUCUAUACGGGUUGUUAAUUUGCGAUUGAUGUUUUGUCAUUUGUGUAUAGGUAACAUAGUUGACUAUGUAUUUGUUCUACCCCCUAUGUAUUGUUGACAGUAUGAACUCGGAUCCAAAAGGGUAAUUAGUCCAUCACUAAUGUUGUGACCACUAUUGUUA